CUGCCCACACUAUCAGUAUAGGAAGGUGCACUUUGAGCCUUUCCCGCUGACACACACACGGAAGACUGAUACAAAACAGACAACAAGAACUUCAGAGUUGAGCCCCUGUCCCACAUUCGGCUUCUGGACCAGCGGCACUGUCCUGCACGCAGCAUGGAGACGGAUAAUCUGUCGGCGGUCUUGCACUCUCAAGGGGACCUCAGGCUGGAGCAGCGGCCCGUCCCGGAACCAGGACCAAACGAGGUUCUGCUGCAGAUGCACUCCGUGGGGAUCUGUGGGUCGGACGUGCACUACUGGCAGCACGGCCGCAUCGGGGACUAUGUGGUCACCAAACCCAUGGUGCUGGGACACGAGGCGUCCGGACGCGUGGUGAAGGUUGGAUCCGCAGUGGAGCAUCUCAAAGUCGGUGACAGAGUUGCCGUUGAGCCAGGCGUGCCCCGUGAGAUGGACGAGUUCUUCAAAUCGGGACGCUACAACUUGUCGCCCACCAUCUUCUUCUGCGCCACGCCCCCUGAUGAUGGAAACCUGUGCAGAUACUACAAGCACAGCGCCAACUUCUGCUACAAGUUGCCGGAGAAUGUGACAUUUGAGGAGGGUGCUCUAAUCGAACCUCUGUCAGUGGGGAUCCAUGCCUGUCGCAGGGCCGGCGUGGCCCUUGGCAGCACUAUGCUCAUCUGUGGUGCAGGACCUAUUGGGUUGGUGUGUCUGCUUGUUGCCAAGGCAAUGGGAGCCUCAAAGGUGGUCAUUACUGAUCUGUUCCCAGAGCGCUUGGCGAUGGCGAAGGACUUGGGUGCUGACUUCCCGCUGUUAGUGAAGAGAGGCAACGGACCCCAGGACCUGGCCAAGAAUGUGGAGGGCAUGCUGGGAGCUCAGCCUCACAUAACUAUUGAAUGCACCGGAGUGGAGAGCAGCAUCCAAACUGCCAUCUAUGCGACACGUCCUGGAGGUGUGGUUGUGCUGGUUGGUCUAGGCUCUGAGAUGGCCACUGUUCCUCUGCUCAAUGCUGCCGUUAGAGAGGUGGACAUCAGAGGGGUGUUCCGCUAUUGCAAUACCUGGCCAAUGGCCAUAGCCAUGUUGGCGUCAGGCAAAGUGAACGUGAAGCCCCUCGUGACCCAUCGUUUCCCUCUGGAGCAGGCAGUCCAGGCCUUUGAGACAACACGCCAGGGCCAGGGGGUAAAGGUCAUGUUAAAGUGUGACCGGAAUGACCAGAACCCUUGAUCCGACCAGCUGCAGGGAAACAAAACAGCAUGACAGGCAGACAUUCACAAACUGGACAUUGACCUCAGGAAAGAUAACAGCCCCAACUGAAAGAGCCAGACUAAUAACACCAGUGACAGUGGCCAGUUCAUAGACAUUGAAUGGGAUUUCAAUGGGGCUCAUUCAGUUUCUAUGGGUCAUUUACACAAACACCUGCCAUAUUGCCUAUAGAUGAGAGAUGCAAGAGGCAUCGGACACAGCCAAUCACAGUAUGUCUGUCAAGUGUUAGAGCAUCAGGUCCACUGUAACUCAUUAUGUCGGUGUCCCACUUUGAGUGAACAUACAAUAUUAUUUGUUUUAUUAUAUCGUCCAGAUUUUUCAAUAUUUUAUGUAGUUCCAUGGCGCAAAUUGUCAUCAUUCAACUUAUUUCUGUCACCAAGUCUUAAUUGUUUUAAUUGUAUAAUUUAAAGAGUUUGUAAUGUCAGUGGGUUUAAUUUUUUAAACACUUGAAAAUGUCAAAUGCUGCUUGUAGAUUUACAAAAAAAAUCACUGAAAUUCUGAAACAGAGCUUCUAAAAUAAAGUGGUACGAAAUAUGA